AUGAUAUUUGCUCAAUUUUGUAAUCUACCAUCAGAUGGAGCUAUUGUUGUUGCACGAGAACAAUCACAAGGACAAGGACGUGGAAAUAAUCAAUGGACAUCACCCUUAGGUUGUGCUUUGUUCAAUAUUGAUUUUGACAUUGAUCUAAAGUCAUUAUUAGGACAACGUUUAUCUCUAUUACAACUUUUAGCUAGUGUUGCUGUUUUACAAGCAAUUGAAAGAACACCAGAGUACAAAAUACUCAAUGUUCAAAUCAAAUGGCCUAAUGAUAUAUUUAUUGGAAAUGAUUUUACUAAAUUAGGUGGUAUUUUAGCAACAUCAUCAAUUAAUGGGAAUUAUGCAUCAAUUAGUCUUGGUAUUGGUGUUAAUAUAUUUAAUUCUCAACCAUCUAUUUGUUUGAAUGAUGUUAUUGAUCAACAUAAAUCAACUUCGAACUUAGCUCAUUUUACAAUUGAAGAAUUUAUUGGUCGUACAGUUAGUUAUUUUCAAAAAUGGGUUUCACAAUUAUCUCAAUCAAAUAUUUCUCAAGCUACAAUUGCUAUAAAUAAUUUCUAUCAAUUUUAUGAAUCCCAUUGGAUGCAUCAAAAUAAAGAAGUUUUUGUUGAUAAAUGGCAAGAAAAAGUAAUCAUCGUUGGCAUUGAUGAAUAUGGUUUUUUAAAAGUUCGAAAAUUAUCUGAUAAUAAAAUUGUAACAUUACAUACAGAUGCACAUAGUUUUGAUGUACGUGAAAGUAUUAUUCGUGAAAAAGCUAUGUGA